AUGCGCACAACGGUGAACAACUGGGGCAAGCUCUUUUCAAAGUGGUGGAUCGUCUUGGUAUCGCCUAUCGGACAUAUAACCUGUGAUAACACCUCAAACAAUGGCACGAUGCUUGACGAGUUUUCACAGCAGGUGGAACGGAAGACUGGCAUAGACUGGGAUCCAGUUGCACAGCGUAUUAACUGCCUUGCACAUGUCAUCAAUCUGGCAACGCAAGCCCUCAUCUCCACUUACAGCCCGGCACCUCAUUAUAAUCUUCAUGACCCAAGUACGGUUGAGGAUUCAGUUUCGUCUUCGCAAGAUGAAAUCGGACUGAUUCGCGCGAUAGCAGUAAAGGACAUUGGAGACGUUGUUUUCAACAACUCUGCCCCAACCGAUACUACGCAUACCCAGGAACAGUACAAGUACCACAAGGACUUGUCCUCUGCGAACCAGCACAAGAAGAAUUCAUUCGAGAAAGGGACAGGCUUAACAAAGAAGCCAGGCUUAGAGAAGAACAAGUCCAACAAGUAA